AGCGGACAACUAAAAGUAGAGAAUAUAAUAGUCGAUAAUCAGUUGCUAAGUAACUUGAAACUCACUGGAUUCUUCAUCUAUACAGAAUUUUUACAAAGAAUAUAUUAUGUUGAACUAAGUAGACAUCGAGAAAAAAAUGGCGACCAGAAGGGUGGAGACGUGGCGCCGACUGAUGUCGCGAACUCGAUUUUUGUCUCUUUUGAUACAAAUCUUGUAUGCCGGUUCCGAGAAUGUGACAGAGGUAAGAGCUUCUGUGCUCAGGGAAACAGCUCUGGGCCAGCAAAGUACUCGAAGCAGAACGAACACAAGAAGCCAUGCUCAAAAAUUAAGGAUGGCUGAGCAAUACGGAUGGUCUGCGUCUAGAAAAAAACGUUUCUACAUCUUUGAUGAGUUUCUACAUCGUCCUUGGACCUUCCAAAAAUGCAUUAGCUGCUCGGCUACGAUUGUCCCGUACCAACAUGUUGAUCUUCUAAGAUCAUGAAAGUAUCUGCGUAUGUACUUCUUCUUCUAAGAUACCCACCACCAGCCUUGAGUCUCAUCAGAUUCUCAUCAAGAGUACGUCGCUCUGCCCGUCGUUCGAGGAACGAGCGACCGGGUCACGGUCGUGCCACGCAACGUAAGGGAGGUCAUGGGCGUACUGUGGAGACUGGCUCAGGUGUCCUUAGUUCAGGAGUCAAUCGCGUGGAGGAGAACAAUGAGAAGCAGAGAAGUCGUGUAGACAAGAGUAUAGAUGAGAACAAAGUAGAUGAUGGGGAGAAGAGUCGUGUAGACCUAGAUAAGGAUGCUCCUGAUGGCGAGAAGCGUUAUGAAGACCUAGAUCAGAGGAAGAGCCUUCAACUAGCGACUGGGAACCCAGUAGAAGCAGCAGUAGAAGCAGCAGAUGAGCAGAACAAGACUGAAGAGCGUGAACCUCCACGUGGAGCUGUUACUACUUUGGAUUAAGGCACCAAGUUGCGGUAGUAUCGGUAUUUCAAUCAAGCGGAUAGUCAUAGUGUCACUCGGUGUCGGAGGGUCCUCCGCCACUGGAUUCAAUUGUUAAUACAACGCGCCGCAUUUAGAAGAACUCAAAUAAAAUAUCUUAUGGCUCCUGCUCACAACCACAUAGGAAGGCUUUUAUGCCAAUUGUUUUUUUUGCAUCUAACGAUGUAGGAAACAAGAAGGGCAAGGACAAGAGCACCAGCUUCCACAGAACUUUUCAGAACAGCAUCUGCUUUCCGAACAAGUCCGUUCUCCUGGUGCAAAGGGUCUUUCUGAGAACUACCAAGGUCUGUCUGAGAACUACCAAGGUCUUUCUGAGAACCAACGUGCUGAAAAGCACGCCUUGCAGGACAACUUGGAGGCUCUGACGUUGGAUUUUAGAGAUACAGCGGACAUCAUUCGAGGGAGCCUGGCGGAAAUGAGAUCGAGCGUAGACUAUAUUUUAUGGCAAAUGUUGUUGGAGUAGUUUGCAAGCUAUUUACAUCUAAGAAUCUUUGUUCGCUCCUUUAAGGCAACAUGAAGCUAGAGUAGAUGGGUCGUUGUAUGUGGAUACGUUGUAGCUGGAAAUCUCCCUUGAGGACUCUCACUUCGUCAAGUGGAUUUAAUGUAGUACCGAGAACCGAAUACUAAGACAAGAGCUCCACCUUCUAUACGAGUGCAACUGCAAUGAGUUAGACAACAUCAAAAACGAAGAAACUCUUCCGAGUCCACGUCUUACGCGCCACAAUUCUCUAACUAUUCGCGAACAAGUAUCAGCUGGUGGGGAUCCAGGAGUGGGAACGACCACUACUAGUGCUAGUGCACCUUUAUCCUCUUAUUGCGAGGAGGUAGCAGGCAAUGUGACGAGCGUCUCGAAACAGAUGGAAGAGCAGUUCUCUUCAUGGGCUGACGCGGCUUCCGAUUUACGGCGUCCACUGGAGAGGUUAACUCCACACUUUGACUCCUUUGUCUGAACCGGCACUGAUUACCACCACGCUUUUUUGACCCUUUUGUGGCAUUAGACCACCAGAAUUGUUUGAGUCAGUACGCGAAAUGAGUGUCGGAUUAGAUCAUAGACGUGAUCCAUUUGUAAAUUCAUGAUCGCGUAGAAAUACUUCUUCAAAUUAUGGGCAUAUUAAUUAGAAGUGCAAUCAGCUGGUUUUUGUACUUUACUUAGUUUGUUUGAUGCAGCAUCUAACUAGAGCUGUAUCAGAGGCGCAGAAGUUUAUCAGAAGCCGAGUCCCAGAUGCAGUAGCUGUUAAGGCCAAAUAUCCGAUUACAUCUCGUUCCACAACCAUCCCGCACUCUCUUCCUAGUAUGGAACAUGUGGGGGAUGUUCUGACGAAGAGUGUAAUUAUCUUAUAUGGCAAUCUUUAAAGUUGUAGAGGAACUACAGGCAGGGAAAAAAGAUGACGCUUCUAGUGCAACUUUGGGCCAUGACUAUGAAGUCAAUUUACACCAAGAAAGUGGCGCCGAACGUGCUUCCAGAUCGCUUCGGCGUCGCAGCAAGAAGGCAGUAUUACUGUAGCAUGCUUCGUAGAAGUGUGAAGGAAUUGGAAUUCGUCGAAAACUAACCCUUGAUACAACGAACCAGGAGACUUUCGUUUUUCCGUCUGUAACAACCAAGUGCAAACAUUUCAGUUUCUUUUUUCAUUUCUUCACAAUCACAACGACCAAAAAAUUAAUUUUCAUUCACCAGCUUACCGCUUUGUCGCGAAUCGCUUCCGCUGCCUCUGGUCUGAAAACUCUGGUUUCGCCUCUGGCUACGAAAGUUAAGGACUGAAGCACCAACUUUCCGGGACAACAAGCCUCCCAGUCGGUCAAAUAAGUUGUACAUAGAUACUAAUGGGUCUCCACCACGCCCAAGAGUUGAGAAAGUUAGAGACACUAGCCCCACCUCUAACAAUAGUUUCCGUCGUGGGCUGAGUGAGGCAAGCGUUGUAGGUGCCAGCAUUUCCAGCCGAACUAGUCUGUUGGCCUCGAAGUUUGACGAAUUUACCAGUGGCCUCGAGAAUGCUAUGAGCGCGGUUCUGUCUGAUUUGGCGACAGCCAAGGAAGCACUGGGCGAGGACUGACUUGGAGACAGCCAAGGAAGCACUGGGCGAGGACUGACUUGGCGACAGCCAAGGAAGCACUGGGCGAGGACUGACUUGGAGACAGCCAAGGAAGCUGCUUAAGGCUGAGGAUGAUGAUGAUGAGGAGGCGUCUUUCUUUCUAUGAUAGGAGAUGCAGGCUGUGCUUUCCUAAGUGGAGGAUAAUUUUUUUUGGAUUUUUGGAGAAGAAGACUAGGAAUAUCGGGUGCUUUUUUUCUAGACGGAGUGGACAAAAAAAUCAGCGUUUCCUGUAUAUAUUCACAGGGUGGACCAAAAAGUUUCAUAUAUAAAUGUAUCGCUAUGCUGGUGCUUACACAGCAAGGUGUAAUAUCUAAUGACUGAUGAUAUUGAAGACUACGAAUUAGUUAUUUAAAUGCACACUUCUACUUUAUUUGCAUCAAUUAUACCUAGUAGUAUUUAAUAUGCUUGUAAUAUUUCAAUGUAUUAAAAAACCAAAAUGCGAUGAAAAGUGAAAAAUGAUAGAACGGAGGUUUCAAUUUGACGGUUGGAGCUACAACGCUUUCAAUUUUUGAUAGUGUUAGCGAUACCUUGACCAGUGACCUUUCUACUCUUUUUAUCUUCGUCUGCGUUGUUCGUCCUUUUUUCAGACCAACACUCUUCAGGAGCGCUCGUGCGUGACGAGACAGAAGUUUCCUGGUGUCAUUGACCGUCCGAGACGCAUUCAUCUGCGCCUUUCCUAUGCCCAGCAGAUCUGCCUGGAGCCCUGGCCCCUGCGAGCAAGCCAGAGAACUUCCAAUUCUAAAAAGUGUCUUCUAUGAUUGACUUGGCG